GCGAUACGACACAAAAUACAGAAAUUUGCAGGACCUGCUGCCUCUUACCACCUCUUACCUCGUUUGUGGUUUUACAUUGAAAACUUUUGUAAUUUAGUAAAGUAUUUGCUGAUAUUUGGACCAUUUUACAUAGUCGUGUAUUUUAAUAUAAAAUGAAACCCUUGAUGUUACAUGGGCACGAACGUGCCAUAACACAAAUCAAAUACAAUAGAGAAGGAGACUUAUUGUUUUCCUCUAGCAAAGACAAAAAGCCAAAUGUUUGGUACUCUUUAAAUGGAGAACGGCUUGGAAGUUUUAAUGGACACAAUGGUUCUGUGUGGUGUAUAGAUGUCAAUUGGGAUACAACAAGAUUUUUAUCCGGAAGUGGUGACAAUUCAUUAAGAGUUUGGGAUUGUGAAACUGGAAAAGAAAUAGGUUUACUUGAGACAAACAGUUCAGUGAGGACGUGUAGUUUCAGUUACUCUGCAAACCUUGCUGUUUAUUCUACUGAUAAAGCUUUAGGGCAUCAGUGCGAAAUGUUCAUCAUUGAUAUAAGAAAUGUUGAUGCAAAGUUAUCGCAAGAAGAUGCAAUUUCCAGAAUUGCAGUCACUGGUCCCAGAAUCUCAGCUAUUCUAUGGGGUGCAUUAGACGAAACAAUUAUCACUGGUCAUGAAGAUGGUGAAAUUGCUCUUUGGGAUGUGAGAACAAGAAAGAAAUUGUCAAGUGUCAAAGGACACAAAUCACAAAUAAACGACAUGCAGUUCAAUAAAGAUGGCACCAUGUUUGUAACUGCGUCGAAAGAUAAUACUGCCAAAUUAUUUGACAGUGAUUCAUUGAUGUUACUAAAAACGUAUAAAACGGAAAGGCCUGUGAACUCGGCCACAAUUUCACCUAUCUAUGAUCACGUGGUUCUUGGAGGAGGUCAGGAUGCUAUGGAUGUCACAACAACGUCUACUCGUCAGGGAAAAUUUGAUUCCCGAUUUUUCCAUUUAGUAUUCGAAGAAGAAUUUGCUCGUUUGAAAGGACAUUUCGGUCCAAUUAAUUCUCUUGCGUUUCACCCUAAUGGUCGUAGCAUUGUAACGGGUGGGGAAGAUGGUUAUGUUCGUAUUAAUACUUUUGAUCAAUCGUAUUUUGACUUUCAUUUUGAAUAUUAAUUUUGUCAGAUAAAAGUAAUAAAAUAUGUAUAAAUCAAA